CGUAAAAAAUUGUCGUGGCGAACGGACGUGUGUGGCUCGUUGUUCGUGCAGAGACAUUUUGUUGUUCACAAUAAGUUGUGCCAAGCAGAUAAAUACAAGAGUAUAAGAUUUAAAUUGAUUAAUGCACAAUUAAUAGAAUUUAAAUGACGGCAUAACGGUUCCACUUACGUGCGUGCGUGUGUGUUUGUGUUCGCGAAACGGAAAUAAAGAAAUAAACAAGAAACAACCGACCGACACCAAGAAGUGUAAGUGAAAAGGAAGACACAAAAAUUCACUGUUCUAUUCCGCGCGGCGCCCGCUCUCUUCGUCCGCAAAAAGAGUAGGAAAUGCUAACACAAACAAAAUACAAGUGCAAGUGCAUCGCGUGAGAGUUCUGUGUGCGUGUGUUUUUGUGUGUGUGCGAAAGCGAGUGCAAGGAACACAGACGGAAGUACCUUUGACUUGUUCUUCUGCUCCUCCCACGCACGCUGUCGUUUGUUUGCUCUGCUUUGGCGCUGACAUUCGCAAAGACAACAACAAUAACGGCUUUCGAGUAACGGUCAAAUACAAGCAGUGUGAGACAGGAUUAGCCCCAAAAACACAGCACCACCCACCAGACGGCACCCCACCCUACGACAAUGGCCCCUCGGCGCAGCAGAUAGCAACAGCAGCGACAGAAACAGCGCUGCAGCUCAACCAGGAAAUCAUCAAAGUAGCAGCAGCAGCAGAGAACUGCAGCUAGAAAGCAACAUCAAGCAGUGCAUUAGCAAAGUGCAUGCAUUACCUUACGUCGCACACCGAUACGUAGCCAGUACGCGCGACACGUAGUGCAGCAGUUGUAGGCAAACCACAAAGCAACAAGAACACAGCACACAACGCCUGUCGAUUGUGUCAGCCAUUCUGGGAUCUGGACAUAUCCGCUUCCGCAUUGCUCAAGAAUCGAAGCCCAGUCCCCCCGCAAAACGCCCCCGUGAGAACAGCACAGUGGAGCAAACAGAUUACAAAUCCCCCUCUCCACGGAUACCGUCUAGUGGCUGCCACUAGUCCCGCGUCCAGGAUUAAUUUAUUUUAAAGGUGGCUGCAUGUCCAAAAUGAAAAUGCUCCCAGUACAGUUAUCAUUGAAUUCGCUCAAUCCCGGCAUCUGGAGCGAUGUGCUGUGGCGCUGCCCACCGGCACCGUCCAGCCAGCUGGCGGAGCUGAAAACCCAGUUACCCCCAUCGUUACCCUCGGAUCCGCGUCUGUGGAGUCGCGAGGAUGUGCUGGUCUUCCUGCGCUUCUGCGUGCGCGAGUUCGAUCUACCGAAGCUCGACUUUGAUCUCUUCCAGAUGAACGGCAAGGCGCUGUGUCUGCUGACUCGUGCCGAUUUUGGACACAGAUGCCCCGGCGCCGGGGAUGUCCUGCACAAUGUGCUGCAGAUGCUCAUCAUUGAGUCGCACAUGAUGCAGUGGCAUUUGCCCAAUAGCCCGGUGACGCCCACCAGCCGCUACCCCCUGUCGCCGCAAAGCCACCCGCCGACAAUGACAUGGCCGCCAUUGAAUGCCCCGCCUGAGAGCAAUAAUCCCUUCCACAACACGGCGCACCACCUGGCGGCGCACCAUUUUAUGGCGCCCAAUUCGGUGACGCUCAGUCCCCCGCCGUCGGUUGAUUCCCAGGCCAGCAGUCCGCCCCAGGCACCGUACCAGAACCAGAACGGAGGAGGAGCUCAGGGCUCGGCACACACAUCCAAUGGUGGAUCCAGCAGUGUGGCAACUUCAAACAGCGGACCAUCGGCGCCGGCUUCCUCCAGCUCUGGCAGCAGCACGGCCAGCAAUGGCUCUGCAAUGCCCAUGAAGGGAAUCAGCAGUGCCAGCAGCAAUCACAGCGACUCCGAGGAGGAGUACUCCGCCUCCGAGCCAAAGAUGGCAAACUCCGGCAUGCCACCAGCGCCGCUCUCCUACAGCACAGCCAGCCCCCCAGGCACGCCCAUACUGAAGGAUAUUAAACCCAAUUGGACGCAGCAGCUGACGAAUAGCUUUGUCAACUCGUGGUCCCAGCAGCAGCAGCAACAGCAACAGCAGCAGCAACAGAUGCAGGCGGUGCAACAGCAACAACAGCAGCAGCAGCAGCCACAGAAGCUGACGCUGGAUAACACAGCUGGACCAGUGGUGACACCCGCCGGAGGCUCCAUCUCCGCCCCAACCACGCCCAGUUAUAUGUACAAAGCGAAAAGGGAAUUCUUUCCAGAGAACUCUGAGCCCAAUACAAAUGGUCGCCUUUUGUGGGACUUUCUGCAGCAGCUGCUGAACGAUCGCAACCAGAAGUACAGCGAUCUGAUUGCCUGGAAGUGCCGCGACACGGGCGUCUUCAAAAUUGUGGAUCCCGCCGGGCUGGCCAAGCUGUGGGGCAUCCAGAAGAAUCAUUUGUCCAUGAACUACGACAAGAUGUCGCGCGCCCUGCGGUACUAUUAUCGCGUUAAUAUUCUGCGCAAGGUGCAGGGUGAGCGGCAUUGCUAUCAGUUCCUGAGGAAUCCCACGGAGCUGAAGAACAUCAAGAAUAUAUCUCUGUUGCGGCAGUCCACACCUGCAGCGGGUGCUGGCAAUGGAGGAGCCCAGGGAAUGACGCAAGCCAAUGGCCAACAAGCGCCCAGCAGUCCAGCAGCGGUCCAGAACUGGAGCCAACAGCAGCAGCAGCAACAGCAGCAACAACAGCAACAGCAAUCACCCCAGCGUCCUGCCUCCCGUAAUGGUCCCAUGAGUCUGCCCUCUGUGGCAGCAGUGGCUGCAGCAGCAGCUGCCGCCUAUGGUCCGCCACCCACAUCGCCGCUCUUCAUGCACGCCAUAAACGGAGCCUUCCACUAUCUGUCCGCGACGGCGGCUGCUGCCGGAGCGCCACCAAAUUCCCCAGCGCUGCAAACGCCCGGAGCCACAGGGCCGGACAAAUUUCAAUUCCAUCCACUGAAGCUGGAGAAUGGUGGUGGGAGCUCGGGAUCAGACAGCGCCGGCGAGGACCUGAAGCCCACGGAUCUGAGUGUCAGCGGCAAGAGUGCCGCAGCCGCAGCUGCCAGCAACGAGGACUGCUAUCCGCUCAUACGCAAUGCCGAUGGAUUGACGACCAUCAAGCUGAUACGCUACAACGAUCAUCAGUCGGCACCCUCGCCUGUAGAGCAAUCGCCCAAGCCCGAGGAGCAGCAGCAGCAACAGUUGCCUGCUGGCUCCAACUCGCCAAAGCCCAUGGAGGCGAGCGAUCAGCAGGCCCAGCCUGUGCCCAUGGACAGCAGUGAUUGCAAUGGCAGUGUUGAGGUGUCGGAGGAGGCGUUAGCUGCGUUUCGGCAUAUGCGGCAGUAGAAGCACCUUUCCACCCACAAAUAUUACCUGAGCUAAAAAUGGGACCAGCACACACACAAACACACAAACACCCCCUAUGCCCGCCCCCUAGCUGGAUGUGGUUGCCUUUUGUACAUAGAAAAAACAUUUGCAUCAAUAUAAAUAUAUAUUUUAUACAUCAAAUUAUUUAUUAAGCUAAGCUAACGAGAGAGAAGCAGAGGAGAUACCGAGCGAGAGAGCGAGCGAGCAUGUAAUUUCGUUUUUGUUGUAAGUAGAGUUCUUGAAAAAACAAAACAAAAAAAAAACGGCGCAGCGCAGCCUUUGAUUAUGUGCCAAUUUCUACAUUAAAACAGAAUUAAAUUAUAAGUUGUCACACCUCCCUCCCCAACACAUCAACAACAAUCAUACGAGUAGCGAGUAACGAGUAGACUCUAGCGAGCGCCCCUUAGCGUGUAAGUGUUGCCACCUUUGAGCUUUACAAAUGUUGCCUCAACAAAAUGGUUUCAAAUUUAUGAAAACGAAAAACAAAA